AUGGCAGGCUACUUCUCAAACCAUUCGCCCCAGCCCCGCUUCCCCCCCAACAAAGACGGCCAGGCCACCGCCGCCACCGCCGCCCCCUCGACCAUGCCUGCCGCCUCGCCCCGCCCGCGGAUACCCUCCCGACACUUCUCCACAUCGCUCACCGACGACCGGCUGUCCGCCAAGGAAAAGAGCCCAGGGCCAGCCGGCUCGCCCGGUGCGCCCUCCGUCCACCCACUCCGCAAUACCUGGGUGUUCUGGUUCAGGCAGCAGCGCGCGCCCGGGAACAAGAUCACGAACUACGAAGAGGGCAUCAAAAAGAUCUCCGCCUUCCACUCCGUCGAGUCCUUCUGGUCGCUCUGGACCCACCUGCACCCGCCGUCCGCUCUGCUGCCCACCACCGACUACCUGCUCUUCCACUCCGGCGUCCGCCGGCCCGUCUGGGAGGACCCGCUCAACCUCCCCGGCGGCAAGUGGAUCCUCCGCCUCCGCAAGGGCGUCGCGGACCGCGUCUGGGAGGACCUCGUGCUCGCCAUCGUCGGCGACCAGUUCGCCGACUGCGCCGCCCCGGAGGAGGCCGCCGGCGGGGGCGGGGGCGGCGGUGCGGCCGGCAGCAGCAAGGCGGACGAGGCAGAGAGCUGGCGGAGCGGGCCGAAGGACGCGAAGGAGGGCAAGGACGUGAAGGACGAGGAGUGGCCAGAUAUCUGUGGGUGUACGAUCAGCGUGAGGCAGAGCGAGGAUAUCGUGAGCGUGUGGACCCGCGAUAGCGAUGUAAAAGUGCGGGAGCGGACCAGGGAGAUGAUCCGUCGUGUGCUCAGCCUGCCUCUGGCGACGGUCAUGGAAUACAAAACGAACAACGACUCGAUGCAGGAUAAAUCUUCCUUCCGCAAUUCAGCCGUCGACCGCACGCCCCUCGCAUCAUGAUGUCCGUCAUAUCUCGGCGACGAGCCGAAAGGGGGCGCCGUCGGGUGGUUUCAAUCUGCUCUUUGUUGUUUUGUUGCAAACUCUGUACCGAGAUAGUGAGUGGCAGGCUCGCGUGGGCGGGCGCGGCGUCGACUUGUAGCUCUAUCUACACUUGUUUCUGC